AUGAACGACCAAACGCAAUUUACAGAAAGAGCCCUAACGAUUUUGACGUUGGCUCAGAAGUUGGCUUCGGACCACCAACAUCCACAAUUACAACCUAUACAUAUUCUAGCUGCUUUCAUUGAGACGCCGGAGGAUGGAUCAGUUCCGUAUCUACAGAAUCUAAUUGAGAAGGGCCGUUACGACUAUGACCUUUUCAAAAAAGUGGUCAAUAGAAAUUUAGUAAGAAUUCCUCAACAGCAACCUGCACCUGCGGAGAUAACACCAAGUUAUGCUUUGGGGAAAGUUCUACAAGAUGCUGCUAAGAUUCAAAAACAACAGAAGGACUCAUUUAUAGCGCAAGAUCAUAUAUUAUUUGCUCUUUUCAAUGAUUCGUCCAUUCAGCAAAUAUUCAAGGAAGCACAAGUGGACAUUGAGGCCAUUAAGCAACAAGCCCUUGAACUCCGUGGUAACACUAGAAUUGACUCUCGUGGCGCUGAUACAAACACACCUUUGGAAUAUUUAUCUAAGUAUGCUAUUGAUAUGACUGAGCAGGCUCGUCAAGGUAAGCUUGACCCUGUGAUUGGCCGUGAAGAAGAAAUAAGAAGCACUAUCAGAGUUCUAGCAAGAAGAAUUAAGUCUAACCCAUGUUUAAUUGGUGAGCCAGGUAUUGGUAAGACUGCUAUCAUUGAAGGUGUUGCUCAAAGAAUCAUUGAUGAUGAUGUUCCUACUAUCUUACAAGGUGCUAAAUUAUUCAGUUUAGAUUUAGCCGCAUUGACUGCCGGUGCCAAGUACAAAGGUGAUUUUGAAGAAAGAUUCAAAGGUGUCUUAAAAGAAAUCGAAGAAUCAAAAACCUUAAUUGUUUUAUUCAUCGAUGAAAUUCACAUGUUGAUGGGUAACGGUAAGGACGAUGCCGCUAACAUCUUGAAACCUGCUUUGUCCAGAGGCCAAUUGAAAGUCAUCGGUGCCACCACCAAUAACGAAUAUAGAUCUAUUGUGGAAAAGGAUGGCGCCUUUGAAAGAAGAUUCCAAAAAAUUGAAGUUGCUGAGCCAAGUGUGAGACAAACUGUGGCCAUCUUAAGAGGUUUACAACCAAAGUACGAAAUACAUCAUGGUGUAAGAAUCCUGGAUAGUGCCUUGGUCACUGCUGCUCAAUUAGCCAAGCGUUACUUGCCAUACAGAAGAUUGCCGGAUUCUGCUUUAGAUUUAGUUGAUAUUUCUUGUGCUGGUGUUGCUGUUGCAAGAGAUUCUAAACCAGAAGAACUGGACUCUAAGGAACGUCAAUUGCAAUUGAUUCAAGUGGAAAUAAAAGCUCUGGAAAGAGAUGAAGACGCUGACUCCACCACUAAGGAUAGGUUGAAAUUGGCUAGGCAAAAGGAAGCUUCAUUGCAGGAAGAAUUGGAACCACUAAGACAACGUUACAAUGAAGAAAAGCAUGGCCAUGAAGAAUUAACACAGGCUAAAAAGAAGUUGGAUGAACUGGAAAACAAGGCUCUUGAUGCAGAACGUAGAUACGAUACUGCUACCGCUGCCGAUUUAAGAUACUUUGCUAUCCCAGAUAUCAAAAAGCAAAUCGAAAAACUUGAAGAUCAAGUCGCUGAGGAAGAAAGACGUGCCGGUGCUAACUCUAUGAUCCAAAAUGUGGUCAAUUCAGAUACUAUUUCUGAGACAGCCGCAAGAUUAACUGGUAUCCCUGUUAAAAAAUUGUCAGAAUCUGAAAAUGAAAAGUUGAUCCAUAUGGAACGCGACUUAUCGUCUGAAGUCGUGGGCCAAAUGGAUGCCAUUAAAGCUGUUUCCAAUGCCGUGAGAUUAUCUAGAUCAGGUUUAUCUAAUCCAAGACAACCUGCAUCGUUCUUGUUUUUGGGUUUGUCAGGUUCUGGUAAAACUGAGUUGGCUAAAAAGGUUGCCGGAUUUUUGUUUAACGACGAGGACAUGAUGAUCAGGGUAGAUUGCUCUGAAUUAAGCGAGAAAUAUGCAGUUUCUAAAUUGUUAGGUACUACUGCAGGUUAUGUUGGGUAUGAUGAAGGUGGGUUUUUAACGAACCAACUGCAAUACAAACCAUACUCUGUUUUGUUAUUCGAUGAAGUAGAAAAGGCACACCCUGAUGUUUUGACCGUCAUGCUACAAAUGCUGGACGACGGUAGAAUUACUUCAGGUCAAGGUAAGACGAUCGACUGUUCGAAUUGUAUUGUCAUUAUGACUUCCAAUUUAGGUGCUGAAUUUAUCAAUUCUCAGCAAGGAUCAAAGAUCCAAGAAUCUACCAAAAAUUUGGUCAUGGGCGCUGUUAGACAACACUUCAGACCAGAAUUUUUGAACAGAAUUUCCAGUAUAGUUAUUUUCAACAAACUAUCGAGAAAGGCCAUUCAUAAGAUUGUGGAUAUUCGUUUGAAGGAAAUUGAAGAGAGAUUCGAGCAAAAUGAUAAGCAUUACAAGUUGAAUUUGACUCAAGAGGCUAAGGAUUUCUUGGCCAGAUAUGGUUAUUCUGAUGAUAUGGGUGCACGUCCAUUAAAUAGAUUAAUUCAAAACGAAAUUUUGAACAAAUUGGCGCUUAGAAUCCUAAAGAACGAAAUCAAGGAUAAGGAAACUGUUAAUGUCGUCUUGAAGAAGGGCAAAUCCCGUGAUGAAAAUGUCCCUGAGGAAGCUGAAGAAUGUCUGGAAGUUCUACCAAACCACGAAGCUACUAUCGGUGCUAACACAUUAGAUUAUGAUAAUGAAGACAGCAUGGAAAUUGAUGAUGACUUAGAUUAA